GGAAGGUACAGGCCAAGUCUGAAUGAAUACCUACGCCUGAGGCAGGUGAUCGGUGAGAUAGCUUCCGCUGACUACUUCUCUUGACGAUUAUACCUCGGGUGCUUCGACUUCAUCGACUUCUAGUCUUGUGCCUUGAUCUUCCUCGCAGCCAACCUUGUCAGACCAGCAAGUCUAUCUCUUCUGGAAACUGUUUCCAUCUCCUUGCUGCUACGGAGUACCAAAGAGGCAGUUCGACAUGUAUCAUACUUGUGCGAGGCAACUGCUGUGUUUGUGCCCAUGGCAUCAAGUUCUUAUCAGCUGCCAGCGGUUGAAAUGCGCCAAGCCACGCCCUCUCUCCCGAGCAGCUUACAUCACGAGCUCAAGAACACUACGACCCAAGCUACCCUGGAGCUCAAGAUAGUCGAUAAUACCAUCAAACACCCAAAGCUCAAUAUCGCUAGUCCAUUCUUAAUUCAGUCAACAACGACGCCUAUCGCUCCUACGAUUCGACCGUGCACUGAUCCUCCGGCUAAGGAAACAUGUCGAGUAUUCUUGGAAGCAGUCAACACUGCGACUAUCCGCGUUUGCCAGGUCGGCGAGGACGAGCAGCCAUGCGCCAUCGACACCGCCUCUUGUGCCACAAUGCCACGGAACAAAGACGGUAUCCAGGGCCACUGUCGCCGCUGGACCUAUGCUAUGCUUGCGUGCGAGGACGAAUCGAAACACACGGCGGGCAGAUGCUGCUGGCGGUACCACGCUAUCUCCGCGUCACAGACGAUGCUUCAGGUCUGGGAGACUUACCACUGCGGCGCUGCAGCAUGCUUCUAGCCGCCGGGACCACAUGCAAAGUGGUACGUAGGCACGUCAAGCGGAGCAAAUCGUGGCUCAGUCUGAGAGCGCGCACACCUCUGGAU